AUGAUACACAUUCUGUACUAUCUAACAGCAUUCUUCUUGCUGUGCCCUCAAUCGCGAGCAGUGGCCCUUCCCCAAGCGCCAGCACCGUCGUCUCAACUGUUGCCGACAACCGCAGCUGAGAUUACAUCGACCGCAUCCUCAACGACAGUCGAGGCUACUUUAACUUCUGCUACUAGUUCUGCGAGCACACUGCCCCAAAAUGACGGUGCCACUGAUUCCAACAACCGCAGAUGCGAUUUUGAGACGAUGCAAGAUUUCUUCAAUCAUGCUGCCAUGGAGAGAUUGAAUAUCACCGUAGAGGUACAAAAUUGCCAGAACCUGUGCCUGCUUACGUACGGGGUGGGAAACCCGGAUUUAUCGGGAAUCGGCAUGAUGAGUGCGUAUACGAUUCAAAUCAUUCUCACCGUCCUCAUCGGUCCAGCGUAUCGUCUACUGUAUCUUGCCUGGACGCCACCCAGCAAGCCUACUGAGACCGUCACGUUUCGUUCGUUUGUCAAAGAGCUGGAAAGAGUCCAGACGGCGUUUUCUGCCGCUAAUGGCUUCUUCGUUCUCGCGUGCGCCGUUUCCUCGAUCGUCCGCCUGCACCAGAACCCGGCGAUAUUCGAGAUUGCUGAGAUGCAGGCCAUGGCCUUUCUCCAGGUCAACAGCAUCCUCGUCAUGUUCUUCUGCCUGAUCCGGUCCAUGCCACGUCGGACCGCUCGCGUGCUGCUGUACACCGUCGUUUUCGCGUUUGUCCUUGCUGUUCUGAGCAUGAGUCAUCUCAACGGUGGCAGGCGGACUAACUGGAGGCUUGCCUCGGAUGGCUGCGCGCAGGAGUCAACUGACUACGAUGUCAUUACCCCGAUCCUCUAUCCGCCGUGGGCAGUCGCAGUCAUUGCCGUCGUGGGGACGGUGGGUUUCUGGCUACAGUCACUGAAGAGAAAGUUCCAGCGCCGACCGUCGCAUCAGGUACUGUUUCAGAUAUUAAUGUCCUUGUGGGUCUUGCUGAUAGGACUGAUGAUUGCUGGCAUGGUGACGGGUCUUGUCAUGAUGUGGCGGCAGCGGAACCAUUUGCACAGUGUGGCGGGAGAGCAAUUUGAGGAUGAUGAUUGGGGGUUCGGACAGAUUGCCGCGCUAUUUAUAUGGGCUCCGAUCCCGGUUGAGAUAUUUUUUGUCUUGCACGAUCUUGUUCAAAGGAGCUACCCGAAGGAACAUUUCUGGAAGAUUCCCCUCAUCGGGAACUUCUUACAUCGAAACGGUGUGAAUGGAGAACAGACUACCCCUCAUGAUUCGCAAAACGAGGACAAGAAUCUAAGCCAGAGUACAGAGGUUGGUGGCGGUUAG